AUGGUUGAACAUCCUUCCCGCCAUAUAUUUCGCAACACAAACUUUUUCAAGUGUUCUAAACCUACUAUUUUUAACUCCCCCAUUUUAUUAUAAAUACCUUUCACCAAUCUCUCAUUAAAACAUUGUGCUUUCUCCUCACAACCUAAAUAAAAACAAAUACAAAUAAGAGGCGAAUCACUGGUCUGCGCUUUCCAGUGAUUCGCUGCACACAACGAAAUAAAAAAGGAGAAAAAAAAUUAUAAAAAAAAAUAAAAAUCGAAAAAUUUCGACUUAGUGAGUUCGAUAUGGCGCUCACUAAUAACAAGCUAUCGUUGCUCUUCUUCUGCAUCGCGCUAGCACUCGCGGUGACACUGCCUAGAGCGCAUGCACAAAACGCUACAAUGGACGAGUAUUUGCAGAAAAAGGCCGAGGAAGCGUACCAGGAGUCCCUUCAGGCAUACAAUCCCCACCCCGAGGAAUUGACCGAGGAAUUCAACGAACUCGUUGGCGAGACCCUGAUAGGCCAGAACGCCACAAGGAGGCAACUCAAACAAACCGGCGAAUGCAUGGCGACCAACCCCAUCGACCGGUGCUGGAGGUGCGACCGCAAUUGGGCCAAGAACCGCAAGAAGCUGGCCGACUGCGCCCGCGGCUUCGGCCACCAAACCACCGGAGGCAAGAAGGGUAGAUACUACCUAGUCACCGACCCGUCAGACAACGACAUGGACCACCCCAAGCCCGGAACCCUCCGCCACGCUGUCAUCCAAACCGAGCCGUUGUGGAUCAUCUUCGCCCAUAGCAUGGUCAUUAGGCUCAAGCAAGAGCUCAUCUUCACAAGCGACAAGACCGUCGACGGAAGAGGAGUGCAAGUCCACAUCGCCUACGGAGCCGGCCUCACGCUACAAUUCGUCCACAAUGUCAUCAUCCACAACAUAUGGAUCCACAACAUCAUACCAAGAAACGGCGGUUUGAUUAGGGACGCAAUCAACCACCUCGGGUUCCGCACGCAGAGCGACGGUGAUGCAAUCAGUAUCUACAGCUCGAACAGGAUUUGGAUCGACCACGUGUCGCUGUCGCGUGCCACCGACGGGCUCAUUGACAUCAUCGAGGGGUCCACCGCCAUCACCAUCUCCAACUGCAAAUUGAACCACCACAACGACGUUAUGCUCUUGGGUGCGCACGACGCACAAUCAAGAGACGCGAUCAUGCAAGUGACGGUCGCAUUCAAUAGGUUCGGGAUCGGGUUGAUCCAGAGAAUGCCGAGGUGCCGAUGGGGUUUCUUUCACGUCGUCAACAACGAUUACCAACAUUGGGAAUUGUACGCCAUCGGAGGAAGCGCCCACCCCACCAUCAUCAGCCAGGGCAACCGUUUCAGGGCCGCCGAUUACCAAUACACCAAGGAGGUGACGAAGAGGGAUUACGCGACAAAAGACGAGUGGAUGAAGUGGCAAUGGAGAUCGGAAGGAGAUUUGUUCAUGAACGGAGCAUUCUUUACGGAAUCGGGGCCGGCGAUCAAACACGUCAGAAGUCCGUUGAACGGCCGGAAUAUGAUCAAGUUCAAGCAUGGUUCAUUCGUCGGUAGGCUCACGCGCUCUGCUGGUGCCAUCAAGUGCCGUCCUGGCAAACUCUGUUAAUUUAAUCCAUUUUUCUUUUUUCUUUUUUAAAUUCUAGAAAAUUGUUUUUUUUUUUUGCUUUUUCGUAACUUGAAUAAAUUCUUUUUAAACCAUUUGGUUUCAUUAAAUUAAUAUGGAGGGGAAUAUGAAGAGAAGAAAGUGUAAAGAAUGAAGAAAGGAUCCUCCUACGAAAUUAAUUAUUUAUAUUUUAUUUUUUUAUAAUAAGAAGCCAAUUUUUGUUUCUUAAUUCAUGUAAGCUGUAAAUUGUUUUGUUUGAGAGAGUUCUUUUAGUAUUCAUUAAAUUAAAAUAAUUCUGAAUUCAACUAUGCUUCUUGUUCUUAUUAAUUACUGUUUCUUAUUUAAUUUGUCCGACAAUUUCCUUAUUUAUUUAUCGGGCCACAAAUA